GCUAGAAUGAUAAUGUGACAAUAAACAUAAUGUUUCUUUUUCAAUUUAAUAAUAAAAUUUGUUUAUAUCACUUAUUUCAACAUAUUUGACAUACAUAAGGUUAAAAUAUAUUAAAUAUCACAUAUAAUAAUUGUGUUGCAUCUGCUAUUACAUCUUAUCGAAUACAAUUUGAAUUAUAUUAUUAUUUGAAACUAACCAAAAAUUCGUUUUACUUGUUUCACGUUAAUCAGAUGCUCUUAGUAAUCACGAACUUAGAAAUUAAUCAAAUCACAAUAAGAUUUUUUUAAAUAUCAUUGAACAUUUCUUAAUUCAAUUUCAUAUUCAAGCGUACUAUUUCCAGGAAUAUAAGGGGGCAAACCUUUAGCACCAUAUCCCAUAGCAGGAGGAAUUAUAAUUUGCCUCUUUCCGCCAACUUUCAUACCUAUUAUACCUACGUCCCAUCCUUUAAUCACUUGACUUCUUCCAAGUUUAAAUUUAAAACCAUUUCCCUGUUUACUCUCAUCAAACUUCUUGCCAUUCUUUAAUUUACCCGUAUAAUAAAUGGAGAUCAAUUUUCCUGAUUUUGCAACUGCUCCAUUGCCUAUUUUUAUAUCUUUUAUUCUUAUAGGUUUAGUUUUCUUUAUCUCUCUUAGAACAUUAUGUACUUUCAAUUUUUUCUUUUGUUGUUUUCUAUCUUGUUUUCUUUCUUCAUCUUUAUGUUCAUACAUUAAUUUUCUUUCUUCUUGCAUCUUAUCUUGUUGUUGGAUUUGUUUGUCUUUUUUAUUUCGUUUGAUAAAUUUAUUCUCUUUUUCGAUAUCUUCUUCAAUUUCUUCUUUGUCUUCAGAGACAUCAAUAGACUCCAUAUUUAAACAAAGUUCAUCAUCAUCAUCAUCAUCAUCAGCUUCAAAGCUAUCAUCUAUUUCAUCUAUUUCUAUUUCUUCUUCAUCUUCAUAUUCAUCUUCAUCUUCAUCAUUAUCUUCUUCUUCACUUUCAGUCCCAGUUAGAUAUUCACUGUAAUCAGAUUGUAAUUCAUCCGAAGAUUCAAUUUCACAUUUCAUUCGUUUUGGUUUUAAAGUUACAUUAGGAUAAUGUGUUGCUUUUCUUUUUAUUUGUUUAUUAGCUGUUUGUGAAUCUUCAUUUCGUUUUUCUUCUUGUUCUUUCAAAAUUAAUUUAUGAUUCAAAUAUCCAGUUAAAUGUACAUAACUAUCACCAUUACAUAUAAAAGUUAUUUCAUUUCCUUUUUCAAAAUUCAAGUCAAGUGAUACUUGCCACAUUGUGCUUUUUUUCAGGUUACAAAGUAAAUAAUUCGUAUCAUUGUCGAAUAUAAAAUAAAGAAAAGAGAGAGAGAGAGAGAGAGAGGGAGAGUGAAAAAGAGCAAAGAUCAUAAUUAAGUAAACAAAAAUGAAAUUUUCAACUUCUCCUCCUACAAGUCGUUGUACAUCUCCAAUUUUAGUAGAUGUAGGAUCAACGUUACCAACGCCUGUUACAUAUAGGCAUAAUUGUAUCAGUGCUGCAACAAAAUGUUAUAAAUACUUGAGGAAGUUAUUAAAAUUUGAGCAAAUGGAUUUUGAGUUUGCAUUAUGGCAAAUGAUAUUUUUAUUUACAGCACCACAAAAAGUUUAUAGAAAUUUUCAAAGUAGAAAACAAACAAAAUCACAAUUUGCAAGAGAUGAUCCAGCAUUUUUAGUAUUAUUAACAUGUUGGCUUUGUAUUUCUGCAGUUGGUAUUGCCGUAGUUUUGGGAUUAGGAUUUUUCCAAUUUAUAAGACUUUUACUUUAUAUGAUUUUUGUUGAUUAUAUUGUUGUUGGUUUAAUAGUAGCCACUGUUUUUUGGUUUAUAACUAAUCGAUAUUUAAGAAUUGAUAAAAGUCAAGAUGUCGAAUGGGGAUAUGCAUUUGACAUUCAUUUGAAUGCUUUUUUUCCACCUUUAAUAAUACUUCACAUUCUACAACUUUUUAUAUAUAAUGGCCUCAUAAAUACAAAUGUCUUUGGUGGACGAUUUGUUGGGAAUACACUUUGGUUUAUAUCUGUUGCAUAUUACAUAUACAUCACAUUUUUGGGCUAUACAAGUGUUGAAAUACUUCAUAAGACACACAUCAUUUUUUCUGCUCUACCAAUAAUGCUGUUAAUAUAUAUAAUUACAUUAUGUUCUGGAAUCAAUAUCAGUCGUUUGAUUAUGGAUUUUUAUCACUAUAGAGUUAAUUAAAUAUAUUAUGUAUAUAUAUAU